AUGCGCCGAAAACCGGAAGCGGCAUGGGAAGUGGUAGACCAUCGUAUGGUAAACCCCGUGCCUAUGCUUGACGAGGAAGAAGGAUCUGCAGACGUCCUGGAGCUAGUGGACAUUGCCGAUGAGGAGCUGAGGGCAACAUACCUCUUCGAUGUCCACAGACUCUCCAAAACACAGCUGCGCAAUGCUGUAGCGUUCGCUCAGCAUCAACUCCGGGAGGAGUUGGAGCAUAGCGGCGAGUUCAACGUCUUUAUGAUGGAGGGCUGGCAGUUAACUCUACUCCGGAAGGGGAAGAAGUUCCGGAUCAAGAUCCAAUAUCGCGGUCUUCCUGCGCGAGUGAUAGGGAAGACGUCCCCGCCUGAGCCACCACCAUUUCUCGACCUGCUAUGUACCUUGGCGCUCAGUUGA